GGCGAUAGAUAAUGCAAUUACACCGUUGUGGUGGUCUUAUUUAUGGUUCAACAAAGGACUUGCCACUAUUCUUCAUGUAGAACUUCUAAAUGAGGUUCUUUUAUAUUAUUAACGCAAGCUUCAGUAAUAGUCGGUUCAAUAUUAAUAAACUUCUUCCUUAUAGAUUUUUCCGGAAUGGCGAUUUGUGGAUUUAUUCGUGGUUCAAGUUCAGCAAGACUGUCUUCGCCUGGACACAAAUUUCAAUAUGAAGCCUCUUUUACAUGAAGUCCAAACGUCAUCCGAAAUUAAAUCACUUUUCUCUUUUCCAAUUUAUGUCAAAGCACCUGUCAUAUUGCACAUGAUAAAACAUAUUUUGGGCAACGAGUUUCAAAAGGUUCUCAAGAGAUAUACGCAGAUUUUCAGGAACAUGGAAGGAAAUCGAUACUCCAAAACUAUAUGACCUUACCAUGAAAGAUAUAAUAGAGACCUGGCUAACAAGAAGUAAUCACCCUAUUGUAC